UCAAUAACUUAGCGAGUAUAAAUAUCACGUCAAACUUGGGCGCAUCACUCGGCAAGUAGUCUGCGGACAUUCGUCUUUUUAACGUGUGACGAAACAAAAACACUAACAAAAUGCGUGAAAUCGUGCAUAUGCAGGCCGGUCAGUGCGGAAACCAGAUCGGUGCCAAAUUCUGGGAGGUGAUCUCCGAUGAGCACGGUAUCGACCCCACCGGAACCUACCACGGGGACUCCGACCUCCAGCUCGAGAGAAUUAACGUUUACUACAAUGAGGCCACAGGAGGCAAGUACGUACCACGUGCCAUCCUCGUGGAUCUCGAGCCCGGAACCAUGGACUCCGUUAGGUCCGGCCCAUUCGGUCAGAUCUUCCGACCUGACAACUUCGUGUUCGGACAGAGCGGUGCUGGAAACAACUGGGCAAAGGGUCACUACACAGAGGGCGCUGAGCUCGUCGACUCCGUCCUCGACGUAGUCCGCAAGGAGGCCGAGUCAUGUGACUGCCUUCAGGGAUUCCAACUCACACACUCCCUGGGUGGUGGUACCGGAUCCGGUAUGGGCACACUGCUCAUCAGCAAGAUCCGUGAGGAGUACCCCGACCGCAUCAUGAACACAUUCUCCGUUGUACCAUCACCAAAGGUAUCCGACACGGUCGUCGAGCCAUACAACGCCACCCUCUCAGUUCACCAGCUCGUUGAGAACACCGACGAGACAUACUGCAUCGACAACGAGGCUCUAUACGACAUAUGCUUCAGGACCCUGAAACUCACCACCCCAACAUACGGGGACCUGAACCAUCUCGUCUCUGCCACCAUGUCCGGAGUCACCACCUGCCUCCGAUUCCCCGGUCAGCUGAACGCCGAUCUCCGCAAACUGGCCGUCAACAUGGUGCCAUUCCCUCGUCUCCACUUCUUCAUGCCUGGCUUCGCUCCGCUCACAUCCCGUGGUAGCCAGCAGUACAGGGCUCUCACCGUCCCUGAGCUCACCCAGCAGAUGUUCGACGCCAAGAACAUGAUGGCUGCCUGCGACCCACGUCACGGAAGGUACCUCACCGUAGCCGCCAUGUUCCGUGGCCGCAUGUCCAUGAAGGAGGUCGACGAACAGAUGUUGAACGUUCAGAACAAGAACAGCAGCUACUUCGUUGAAUGGAUCCCCAACAACGUGAAGACCGCCGUCUGCGACAUUCCGCCACGUGGUCUCAAGAUGUCCGCCACCUUCAUUGGCAACAGCACCGCCAUCCAGGAGCUGUUCAAGCGUGUAUCCGAGCAGUUCACCGCUAUGUUCCGUCGCAAGGCUUUCCUCCACUGGUACACCGGCGAGGGCAUGGACGAGAUGGAGUUCACCGAGGCCGAGUCGAACAUGAACGACUUGGUGUCCGAGUACCAGCAGUACCAGGACGCCACCGCCGAAGAGGAGGGAGAGUUCGACGAGGAGGAGGGAGAGGCCCAGGGUGAGGCAUAAACUCUUACCAACGCGACACCCGAUGUACCAACAAAAUUCUUUAAGCCCAUGACAUUGGACAAAACUAAAUUGACCGAACACCAUUUUUGAAUAUAAGAAAACCAUGAUAUUGACACCAUUUUAAUCAGCAUGUGUGAAUACUUUAGUAUCGUUUUUUAUUGUCGAGUUUUUAUAACAAAAAUGAAGUUAAGUUUUAUUAACAACAUUUAUGUUUAGAACAUCAGUUCAGUAAAAUGUAUAAGUCACCAUCUGUUAAUUGUUGUAUGAUAUUAUUUUUGGAGUAUGUUUACAAAUUCGAUCUGUUCGACUUUUGGCAGAUUCUGUUUUUGUUUUAUAGUUACAUCGCAGCAAAUAAAUGCACAUGUAUACUGGCAAUCCUGUGAUCGAAAAAAAUAUAAUAUAAAAUACCAACAAG